AUGGUAAAUCCUUUGCAAGGCCGCCAUAGCGCAGAGGCUAGCAUUUCCGCUCAUGAUGCUAAACGCCUGGGUCCGCGUCCAGUGGUUAAGGUAUGGGUUCACAUUGGUUCUUCAUCAUCAUCAUCAUCAUCGUCAUCUUCAUGUGCUUUGCGUGCUUCACACUUGAAAUUCGCUUUGGUGGUGGCUUGUGCCCUAUUGGGUUGCACUGUAGCUGAUGUCUCCCAUUUGGGAGGUUCUUACUUGCCUCCCUCUAAGCCUCAGCAAACCUACCUGCCUCCCGUUCAACCCCAACAGACCUACUUGCCCCCUGCCCAGCCUCAGCAAACCUACUUGCCACCUGCUCAACCUCAACAGACCUACUUGCCCCCUGCCCAGCCUCAACAAACUUACCUGCCACCUGCUCAACCUCAACAGACCUACUUGCCCCCUGCCCAGCCUCAACAGACCUACUUGCCCCCUGUCCAGCCUCAACAGACCUACUUGCCCCCUGCCCAACCCCAACAGACCUACUUGCCCCCCUCUGAACCUCAGCAAAGCUAUUUGCCUCCCUCCCAACCCCAAAACACCUACUUGCCCCCUUCCGACAACGCUGGUCAAGAUGGUGGCUAUCGUUAUCGUUUUGUCAAGCGUUACCGCCUCAGAUCUUUCUAA